UUUCGUGGGCUUGUGUUCUGUUACAGCCGAUGGAUACACAUGUAAUGUUGAUAUGUUGUUACGAUACUACAAAUGUCGUUGUCAAUUUGGAAGCCCCAUUCCGAUUUCAGGACUUGGUGAAUCAUGUUUGCGAAAAAUUCUCCGGACUCACACCUGCCAAUCUGUGUUAUUUCUUCAAAAUGCCAGGUUACAAUAACUUCACAUUACAGAACGAUGUCGAUAUGCAGAACAUGAUAUCUCUUGCUCGAUCUUUUCGGGUGCAAUGCAUUGAUGUUAUCAUUGAGGUACCACGUGCGGGAUAUUCAGAAAAUGUUCACUAUCCCAACAACAAUGUACACAUUGGUCCAUGUCUGUCGGAUGGGGUGUCUGACGAGUCGGAUAUGGAUGACGAACAAGAUUGUUUGGACAAAUAUUGUCCCCACGUCGAUAAGGUUUUUUUGUCUGCUCCAUGGGCGAAUGGAAUUCGAAAUGUUGGUCAAAGUUUUGAAGGGGGAGCUGCUGAAUUUCGAACAGUUCUUCGGAAGUAUGCGGUGGAGUGCGGAUUUCGCUUCAAAUAUAUUAAGAAUGAUUCUGUUCGGAUUACAGCAAUAUGCAUGAUGCGCGAAUCGAAGGGAUGUAUGUGGUCAGUACACGCACGUGUUUUACAUGCCAAUGGGUUUUUCUACGUACGUAAGUGGAAUGGCUUGCACACUUGUGGUGUUUCCGUUCGGACACCCAAAAACCCAAGGGCUGGUUCUGACUUAGUGUCUGAUGUAAUUUCUGAACGGGUGCGUGACAAACCCCUGACACGUCCCACUGAUGUUGUGUACGACUUGAAAAAAGAUUACGGUUUGGAGGUUAGCUAUCGGGUUGCCUGGUUAGGUGUCGAAAAAGCCCGUGGUGAAAUGUUCGGUGCACACUCAAUCUCGUUUGACCAAUUACGUUGGUACAGCGAUGCAGUUAUGGCUAACAACCCAGGCAGCUAUAUCAACAUUGAGUACGACGAACAACACAACCGUUUCUCACGGUAUUUCAUAUCGUUCAAAGCAUGUAUUGAUGGUUUCACCCAUUGCCGACCAAUGCUUUUUUUGGAUGGGACAUUUCUAAAGGGGAAAUUUAAGGGGAAUUUGCUAGCCGCCACAGCGAAAGAUGGCAACCAAGGUCUAUUCCCUUUAGCCAUAGCCAUUGUUGAUUCGGAGAACAAUACAAAUUGGGAUUGGUUUCUGGGACACCUCGCAAACGUAUUAAACGGCCGAAGAGAACUAACAUUUUUGUCCGACCGACACGCAGGCCUGCUGGAAUCAAUCCCAGCCAUAUUUCCCACAUCACAUCACGCAUUUUGCUUAGAACAUUUGCAACGUAACUUGCAAGACAAAUUACGCUACGUCAACAGUUCAUACCGCGCGUGUUUGUUAUCAAAAUUCCGAUCUUGUGCGUAUGCACCAACAGUUGUUGCAUUCAAUGAGAAAUUGGAGGAGUUCAUGAAGGCUAGUCCCAAGGUCGCACCAGCUUUCUUAAAAGAUUUACCGCCACAGUACUGGGCAAAUGCGCAUUUCCGGUACGCAGUUACCACUUCAAAUUUGUCCACAUUAAUAUUGUGUCAUGCUCACGAUGCCACCUUGUAGAUUUAUGUCCAACAAAAUCACUAACAAAGUCACCGUAUCUAUUCCGACAGCGGUUCGCGUUAUGGCGAAAUGAGUUCUAAUGCCAUCGAGUCAUUUAACUCAUGGAUACGGGAAGCACGCCACCUCCCAAUCACUCAACUGGUUGACAGUAUUCGGACCAAGAUUAUGCGACAGAUGUCCAAACGCCGAAUAAAGGCACAAUCGUGGCCUGGUGUAAUUUGCCCGAAAAUGGAAGAUCGGUUAGUUAAAGCAUACAACACAGGCAGAUCAUGGCUUCUAAGUCAGUCCAACAAUGAGAUUUUCGAGGUCCACUCUUUUCCAUCAGUAAUGGUUGAUGUGGGAAGGCGUACAUGCUCAUGUUUCCAAUGGCAAAUCAAAGGGUUCCCUUGUGCUCAUGCUGUUGUUGCUAUUCGCAACAGCGGACUCGACCUUUAUGAUUCAGUCGACCCGUAUUACCAUGUGUCGGAGUAUCGGAAUUCUUACGCUUGCAACAUACAGCCCAUACCCACGGCUGGUAAACCACCUUUUAGCAUUGAAGAUUACAUCAUACAACCACCAGCUGUCAAACGACCACCGGGAAGGCCCAAAAAAAAAAAGAAUGCUUUCAAGGGG